UGAUGUGAUGGACAAACUACCGAAUACUUCACCCAGCAGAUAAUCAGAAUUGAAGCUAUCAAUAUUGCCACAAUAUUGUCUACACAGCUGCAGGUGAAAAAAAUCCAAAGAAUCGUAAUAGCACAAAGGAAACAUGAGCCACAUUUACAUCCAGGAUCCAAACCAUUCAGAAGAUGCAACACCGGAUCUGGAGUCCUACACGGGCUUUGGCAACUCCGCUGCCGAGGCCUUCAUUCAGAACUUGGCUGGAAUGGUUAAUCAGGGGGAUGUGGAGACGAUGAUACGAGCGCAGAAGCAAAUGCUACAGCGUUUCGAGAAAACCAAUGAGAUGCUGCUCAAUUGCAAUGCCCUGUCCCAGAGCCGUUUGAAAAACGCCAAUGACGAUUUCAAGCGUCACGUAAAGUGUCUCAACGAAAUGAAAAAGGAUCUGGACCAUAUAUUUCGGAAGAUCAGAGUUAUUAAACAGAAGCUGCAGCAGCAGUAUCCCGCCAUAUACGCAGACGUCCAGCCACAACGGAGCAGUCUUGCUGAGGAGGCUGAAGACGAUACCGACUCGUGCGCCAAGAAUUCUGUGGAAACGGUGGCGCCGACUGUGAAGGCCUCGACAUCCACCAGUGCCCCGGUGCCCAAGAAAAGCGAAGCGACUAUUGAGUAUGUUCAGAUGGAGGAGGCUGUAGACAACGGGACCGUAGAGAUUGAAAACGAACUCAUUAAGCGGGUCUGUUCCGUGGAGACUGCGAAUCCGAAUGACUCUUCCGAUUGUACAUCAGAGGACACAGGCUAAACACUUUAUUUUUAAUAAUACAAUUUGAAUAAUACAACUUAAAAUAUAAUCUGAUACUUA